AUGCAAAUAGCUAGUGAUUUUUCUCAUCGAAUAUUACAUGUGUCCGAAUUUUAUCAUUGUAGUGUACAUGAUAUUAAAAUUCUUAGAGAAUCAGGAUUAUUAGAACAUACGGAACAAACUGCCCAAAGUAUUGCUGACAAAGCAUUCGUUGGUGAAGAAUAUGUGAUCACACCAAGAAGGAAACCUCGUAGAGGUGAAUUAGCAGAUGAAGACAAAAACUUCAAUCGUGACAUUAAUAGUGCAAGAGCGGCUAUUGAAAAUACUAAUCAACGUCUCAAAAUUUAUGCUAAUUUGGGUGGUGUUUAUAGAGGAGCUAUUGAUAAUUUUCAUAAGAUUACCAAGAUCGGACAUAUUGUUUCUGCUUUAUGUAAUCUGAACUUGAGUAAGCACCCUAUUCGUAAAUAUACAGCAUGA